ACCUCGCUAAUGCUGGCGUAUAGAUGGCCAAAGCGCGGUGAUUGAAGGGUGGUUUUGUACUAUUUUUGAAUAAUUGCACCGAUCAGUCUUCUUGUGCCCUUCGACAAGGCAACAAGAAGAACACACUUCUUCCGCGAGUGGCCCGAUCCACAGGACGAUGCGUCCGUUUGUUCUAUUAAUUUUCGGUAUUUUUGCCGCCACUUCCGGGCCAGCGGCAGCUGCUGGAAGGAGCACAGUCACGAACGAAGACAUCCGUGAUGCCAUCCUUCAAGUGGUUAAUGUUGUGCGGGCUACGGAGGACAAAUUGGAAAGGCAUGAGUACCGGGAACGGGUGCUCGGGGAACAAUUGAAAAAAGGGUUGAUCUCAAUUGAUAAAAGAAUCAAGCUUUUGGAGCCCUUUAAAGGGACGAUUAAUAGAUUAGAUCAGAGACUGGCGGCUGUCGAGACGAUUUUGAUGAAGGAUGAUCGGGAGAGGAUUCAGCUGCAGAAGACCUUCGACACUGUGGAGGACAUUCAAAAGAAUCUACCCAUCAUUGUGGAGAAGCUAAAGAGCGAUAUCAUCGACAAGUUGACCAACUUACAAACCAAAUCGGACCCCCUGGGCACCAUCACCAAAGCCGACCUAGACAAGCUCCAAAAAGACCUCGGCAGAAAAAUCGACGAAGUCACCGAAACCAUCAAAUCGAUGGAAAAAGACUUGAACAAAAUGAAAGAAGAAAACAAAAAUACGCGAGACCUGAACACCAAAUCAUCGGAAAACCUCGAAAAAGUCAAACGCCAGUUAAACUCAAGCGAGCAACUUCUGGAAAAAUACGAGAACAAACUGGCGGAGUACAACAACCGGAUCCCUGCCGUUCCGGGCAACUUCAAGGACCAGAGCGACUGGCAUUCGAAUUUCCUCCAAGCCCUCGAGGUGCAGAAAUCAUCAGUUGAGCAGAUUCUCUCCAAACUCGACCAUUUGCCCAAACUGACCGACCUGGAAACCCUCCAGAACACCACCCUCAAGGACGGACAAACCCUCCGUGACGACAUCGCCACCAACCACCAGGAUAUCGCCAAGUCCAUGGACACCAUCACCGGAAACAUGGACAAACUCUCGCAGAAGUUCGCCUCCAGCUCGCAGAAUCUUCGCUCGGAAAUCGAGAAUUUGGGGAAGGUGGAGGCGGUGAUGAUGCAGACGGCUGACAGUGUUUUGGACACGAAACGAAGGGUGGAGUAUGGGGUUCACCAGAUCAUUGCAGAGAUGCAACAGCUGAUCAAAGCGAGUUCGAAGGAUGUGAACGAUGCGAUUAGUGAGAGGUUUGACACGUUUGAAAUGUCCGUUUUGGACGAGGAAACGGGCGCUUUGGCCAAUCUGACGGCGAAAAUCGGGCAUGAGAUUGACCAAGUGUGGAGGCAGAUUGGGAUCAUGCACCAGCAGAUGAGUGCGAGCACGGACACCCUCAACAGGCUGCAGAACCAGACGGAUCAGUAUGUGAACGGAUCGCUCAAUGUCAUGGACAACAUGAAGGGAAAAGUGGGUACAAUCACAAGCCGCAUCACCGAAGUCGAUGAGAACCUGAACUUCCUUCUCGGUAAAUUAUCCUUAGUAUCUCAAGAAUUCAACCAGAUCAAGACAGGCCUUGGCAAGGCUCUUGACGAGAUGCGAGCCACGUACAAGACAGUGAGAGAGAAGGUGAACGAAGGUCCAGGUCCUCAUAAAAUCGACGAACCUGAUACAAAUUGAUUAACACUUGUGUUACGUCGUUUAGGCUUAGUUUUGUGUGUAACAGCUACUAAUAAAAAUUGGAGUAAUUUUUUGGUAAA